AUGGAGAUAAAGAAGAAAAACACGAAGCUUCAGCCCGUCGACUCCGACGAGGAAGAGGAGCCAGUGCAGAGGCAGCAGCAGAAGAAGACCAGGGAUACGAAGAAGAAAAGCGGGAAGCUUCAGCCCGUCGACUCCGACGAGGAAGAGGAACCAGUGCAGAGGCAGCAGCCGAAGAAUACCAGGGAUACGAAGAAGAAAGGCGGGAAGCUCCAGCCCGUCGACUCAGAUGAGGAAGAGAUGCCAACGUUGCGACCGGCGCCGAAGAAGAACAAGGAAACGAAGAAGAAAAAGUCAGUUGAGGAGGAGCCUUCUCUGGAUCUCCUGGCCGGGGAAGAUGAGGAAGCACCAUCCGACGCCGAAUUCGAGGAUGAUGGCAGCGGAUUGUCGGGAGAUGACGACGAAGGAUCUCAGUCAGAGAUUUCUUCAGGUGACGAUGACCCCUUUGCGGACGACUUCCUCCGCGAUAAUGAAAACGGUAAGCUCAUUCAUGACCUCCGUUCAUCUAUGAAAUCCUGAAGAUUAAAUUUAACGUAUUUAGCAAUUUUUGGCGUUUGGGUUUUGCAGGCGAGGAAGCGUCGUCCGAUUCUGAGGAGUCGGACAUAGAGAAGAAGUCAAGGGCAAUCGACGAAGAGAAAGCAAAGGAGCUUGAGGACGCAGAUCAGGAGAUGAAGCUAAAUAUUAAGGGAGAAUAUGACGAGUUCAAAUUGCCAACAAAGGAGGUAGGCCUACUUCGCCAGUGCCAUUUCUUUCUACUAUUCUUCACUACUGGGUGUUCAUAUCAUCAGUUUAAUCCCAUUGUUUGAUUCAGGAACUGGAAGAAGAGUCACAUUCCCCUCCUGACCUUCAAAACAUAAAGCAGAGAAUCCAAGAAAGUGAGAUUUUUUUUAAACCCCUUUCUAUCGGUUAAUUUUUUACUCUAAGCCCUAUGCCCGAACGUAAUUCAGCUAUUAAAGUAACCUUGUAUCUUAAUCAACAAUUCCCUGUUCGAUUUGGUAGAGUGUUUAUCGCUUAGAGAAGAACUUUUGUGAAAUUUUCACGAGGGCAAUCAUUUCCUGUUUUACUUAAUUCUCUGUUUUGAAAGAACGAUCUGAGUUUUUUGAUGUCUCUAGUUAUUUUUUCUAACUUUCGGAGUUUUCCUUUCACAUUCAUGUGUACACUCACUUAUUUCUGUUGAAUUAAACGAAUAACCUGGCGUUGCCUGUCAUUUCCCUUUUCUUAAGUCGUGCGGGUGCUUUCCAAGUUCAAGAAAUUGAGACUAGAGGGCGUCCCACGAAAGGAUUACGUUGAGCAGCUUAAAAGGGAUCUACAAUCAUUUUAUGGAUACAACGAGUUUCUGAUUGGUGUUCUGGUUGAGGUACUCGAAACCGUCUAGUUCUCCCGUCUUCAUUCACCUCUCUUUAAAGUUUGAAACAUGCUUAAACCGUCACUUGUUUCAUCUAGAUGUUCCCUGUUAGAGAGCUUUUGGAACUGAUUGAAGCAUUUGAAAAGCCAAGACCAGUUUGUUUGCGUACAAACACUCUAAAGGUAGCCAUUAACUUAUUGUCAUUUUCAGGGCAUGGUUUUUAGUGUCAGAAUCUGAAUGAGGUGAUCCUCAUUUGUGAUUGGCUGCGUACCACUAUCUACAUGGUUCUUGUGGAUUGGGUCUGCUUCAUUAAGAAAAUGAAUGUUUUCCGCUGUGUUCUUCAUGAAGUUACCAAAAUACUUGCUUCUAUCAAUUUAAGGAAAUACACUUCUGUGUUAUGAAAAAAAAAAAACUGUUUUUUUUAUAGACUCGUCGGAAGGAGUUAACCGCUGCUCUGGAAAGUAGAGGAAUUAAUUUACAACAACUGGGCAAGUGGUCAAAGGUAAAUACUGAUGUCUAGUGUAAGUCUUGUACCUUUUUUCUCCAUAUAUGUUGGAUAAAGCAUUAAACUGAUUUGUAAAUGACAGGUUGGACUUGUAGCAUAUGAUUCACCUAAGGCUCCGAGUCUUGGCUCCACCACGGAAUACCUGGCUGGGCACUAUAUGGUUGGUGAUACUGAAUGAUUUUUGUAAUAGUUCAAUGUCUCUCUUUUUCUUUGCCUUUGAUUUAGCCAUCUGAUGUAAUCUAUUUUGGUCCCAGCUUCAAAGUGCCAGUUCGUUUUUGCCUGUAAUGGCUCUUGCUCCUCAGGAAAAGGAACGGAUAGUAGACGUGGCGUAAGUAUUCGUCUCUUGGUUGGUUGAUUACAAAGUGUCAUCUGUUCAUCAUUUAAUUUUUUUUUAGCGGUGUUUGGUUCCCAGCUUCUCCAGUUUUGAAUUAUUCAUUUCAUUUGCGUGUGCAUGCACUGGCCCAUAUCAUUGACACACUCCGCUCUCUGUCCCUGUGACAUAUCUUCUUUCCUUUUCUGUAUUCGUCCCCGUUCUUUUUCUUUUAUUCUCAUUAAGUUCCCUUUUAUUUCUCACUUAGCCCUCUUCGUCCAUCACUUCCAGUUGGCAGUUCACCAGUCAAUCUGUGUUUCUUUACUCGCCUUUACAACAUCCUCUUCCACAUUUCCUUCUAUCCCUUUCAAUCUUUGUAUUUAUUCCCUAUUCAUAUACUUGAUACUUAGACGUCAUAUGAUAUUGUUGAGUUAAGAUUUCCCUUCGGUUUUAGAAUCAAGGGUGUCAUGCCUAUGACUGAUUUCUUCCAUCUGAUCAUGUGCGUGAUAAGGGCAAAGCUGAGAAAACGAACAUUAAUCUUGGCAAAGUAACUGAUAGUUCCCUGCUCUCUAACUGGAAGGAAAGGAGAUCAAAAUUACAACGUUUUAAUUCAAAUAAAAUAUAGAUUUCUUUACCGUGUAGAAAUAAGAAACACUAGGAGAAUUCACGUGGUGUGGUUGAUGUACAAUAAUAUAUUUCCAAAGGUAAUUGGAACAGUGUAGCACGGAGGGAUGAAUGCCAUGAAAGAACUAUUGUUUGGAUUAUUUUUUAUAAUAAAUUACACAAAUUGACCUACGAAAGGUAUACUUCAAAUUUGUUUUUGACUUGGUUGAAGAAAACUCCAUCCAGCUAUUGUGAGUAUCAGCAACAAAUAUGAAAAACGAGAUAGGUUAAUGGAGUAAAUAUUCAAAAAUAAGUGCCUUAAUUCUAAAAUGUUUCAUAAGACACUUUUUUUACAAUAAGAUGGAGAGACAAAGAUGAGCAAACAACAUUCUAAUUGUGUUUGGAUCGAACUCAGUUCAGAGGGAGAUAGAAUGGACUAAAUCAUACUGGGUUAUGUAUGAAAUAGCCAACCUAAUUUUUAAAUAUAAAAACCAAGGGGGUUCGAUAUUUCUAUUGGUUGGCUCCAAAACGAUUCGUAGAAGCUAAUUAUGAUCGCCUCCCAAGUGGGCUAGCCUAUUACCUUCUUGUGCUUUGAUUGCUAAGGUUGCUGUUGGAGCAGAGAUUGCCCACACUGAUCUCUGGUUUGUCUGGCGAGUCUUGCAAUUGCUAGUUGUCAACAAAGACUGUUCAGUAUCCCGUCCCCCACCUGCUCUUUUAUUUAGUGAUCUCUGCAACUUCCUAUAACUGUUUGUAAUAAACAAGGCUGCUCUAAGUGUAUCCCAAUCAUCAGGGUCACCGAGACUGAAGGAUGUCAAUGCAGAAAUAUCAGUGUGCUGAUUGGCAUCUUCGCCAGGAGAGAAACCUGUUUGCUUAUCAAUCUGUGUAUUUUCAUGCACAACAGCAGCCCCCGGCUUUUUUCUCAUUUUUGUAUGCUGAUUUUGUGGCCUCUGCAGAGUACAUGACAUGCUUAACAGCUACUCUUACCACAGGGUUCAUUGACCAGCUACAUGCUAUCUAUCACUUCCAAAAUUUUACGUUUUUUAUCAUAAAUUUCAUCUAUUAUGUUCAAUUUUUCUCGGUCGUUUUUUCUCCUGUCUCUGAGCCUGUGUACAAAUUUGAGGUUAUGGUUAGUCCUGUGCUGAUUCAGUAAUCGCAUUCUCUCAAUUGUUUAUUAUUUUAAAAGUGCCCUCAACCGGUAGUUCCAUCUUCUGAGAUGGGGCAAGUGUCCUGUCAUUUCCACCAGAUUAUCCGGGUAGUUUCUGGGUGCUUGUUUGUGCUGGUGGCUAUUACGUUCCUUAUAUUUGGCAUUCUGUCAUGCAUCCAGUGUUCAAAUCUGUUGAUUAAUAGAUGCUAUCUUCAAUCUUCCAUGGGAAUAGAAGAAAGCUUUUAUGCGGUUCACUCGAGACAAUAGAAUAGGUCUCAAAAGGGCUCAUAGCAUCUGGACUCUCCUGGGGUAGGCGGGUGCUUUGGCUGUCUUUUCGGAGGAAUUUGUUCUUGAGUAUUUCUUGCAUUUUUAUUCAUUUCACUUUCUGACCACAAAAAGUUAAUUCUAUAUUAUCAAACAUCAAUGUAAAUUUAUACUUGUUCUAUUCUAGGGCUGCUCCAGGUGGUAAAACGACAUAUAUUGCAGCAUUAAUGAAGAAUACGGGUAAGAGCUCUUGGGUACAAACUAUUAAAGCUACAUCAUGUUAAAGUUAUUAUUAUCUUUUUUUAAAAUUAUUACUUUCUAAUGCAAUUUUUUCUGUCUGUUGGGCAGGUAUAAUAUAUGCAAAUGAGAUGAAAGAACCUCGAUUGAAGUCCUUGCUCGGCAAUUUAAAUCGUAUGGGUGUGAAAAACUCAGUUAUAUGUAACUAUGACGGGAGAGAGGUCAGUCGAUUUUGAUAGUGUUCACACGAUAUGGACUGGCAAUGGGUUUUAAUCACGAUUUUUAGUGGCACUUCUGAUUAUGUAUGAAUUAAUACAGCUUCCGAAGAUCUUGGGGAAUAAUUCUGUUGAUAGAGUCUUGCUGGAUGCGCCCUGCAGUGGAACUGGGGUAACUCAUAUCUCUCUUUUUCCUUGGUCAUUGUUCACUUUGACGUUCAUACUUUCGAGUUCAAAUCUGAAUCUUUUCAGCAAUCAUGAUCUCUUUUUUUUCCCCUUUUCUCAGGUUAUAUCAAAAGAUGAAUCCGUCAAAGUGUCUAAGAGUGUUGAAGACAUACAGAACUGUGCAUUUCUGCAAAAGGUACAGUCUGUAGCACGGAGGAAAAUAUAAUCUCGAAUACCUCGAAAUUUAAAGAAAUAUGAUGGUAACCCGCCCCCCUUGGAUGAUCUUUAUGUCUCCUUUUUCACGUACUAGAAAAGAAAAGGUGGCUGUGAGAUAUAUCUAUAAUGACAAGAAUAACAACAUUGUGGAAAUCUUUUUCAAUUAACUUCGACGAGAAUUUGGUGUGCUAUUUUUUUUCUUUAGGAGUAUAUUUUCGCUCUAAAACUCCACUAUUUUACCAUAUGAAAAAUCUCAGUAUUAAUUAUCAUUGCGUCAGUAAUAAAUGAAAGGAACUCUGGCAUGCUGUUUUCUUUGGGGGGUAUUUGCCUUUUGAAUAAAACAUCUCACUAACUACGCUCUCUAUCGCAGCAACUUAUUCUAGCAGCAAUCGACAUGGUGGAUGCACACUCAAAGUCUGGAGGAUACAUAGUAUACUCUACCUGCUCAAUCAUGAUUCCUGAGGUCUGCUUACUGUCCCAAUUUGUGCGAUUAUCACACCUUUCGCCUUCAUGAGCAAGUUAAUCAUGCCUUAGAAAAAAAAAUUCAUCGUAUCAGCGUCACCACAGAAUCCCCUUGCUGCCACACGGAUGAAUACAUAAUGAUUCUGUUUUCCUGUACGAGAACAAUAAAUAUCGCUAUAAUCACCUUAUUUAAUUCAUCUAUCUGCAUUUUGUAUCUGGGUUCAGAGAACUAUGGGCCAUGUUGCUGUCUGAGGUGUCGACACUUUAUAUAAUUUCUCAUUGAAAAAUAAUCAAAGGGUUCAUAUUUUUUGCUUCCAAGAAACCUAGCCUCUGGAGAAUCAUAUGGUAGGUGCUUAUGAGCCAUCACAGCCAUUUGAAUCAUCCAUUGCCUCUGCAGAACGAAGGAGUCAUCGAUUAUGCUCUGAGGAAGAGGGAUGUUCAGGUUGUGCCAUGUGGACUAGACUUCGGCUGUCCUGGGUAAAUGCCAAACGCUCUUGUUGUGGGAUCUGUGAGAAAAUAAGUGAUUUCUAUUUAUGAACGCUCUUGGUAAUUCCUUCCUGGCAGGUUCAUACGCUUUAGGGAGCACAGGUUUCAUCCAUCUUUGGAAAAGACGAGACGCUUCUACCCCCACGUCCACAACAUGGAUGGGUUCUUCGUUGCCAAGGUAAUCAAAAUUCCCAGUUUGUAGCAAUUGACUUCCAUAAUCGGAAAACUGUUGGAUACCCAGGUUUCAUUGGGUAUCCAAAAUUGGUGGGCAAGCGGAGAAACCAAGGUUUAAUAAUUAAAAAAAUUAAAAAUUGCUCCAUGGCAUGAUUUUUCCCUGCAGCUGAAGAAAUUGAGCAACACCAAGCCGGCCCCCACCGGGGCUCCUCCUAAAGAAGCUGCAGAGCAGACGGCUCCGCUGGACGAUGCUGGGGACAUGAAAAACGAGGGCCCUGGCGAGAAAUCUCAGCAGCAACCCAUGUUUCGCAACCAGCAGCAGAAGGGGAAGAAGAAGGCUGCUCCCGCUCCCACCAAGAGGGGAGUCCAAGAAAAUGGGAAUGGCAGACUUCCCCCGGCUAGAGGAGACAAGAAGAGGAAGUUCCAGCCCGGGAAGGAGAUCUCGAAAGCAAGGUCCGGUUGGAGCUCUUUUUUUUUCCCUUAAUCGGGUAAUUUUCUCGGUUUGACCUUGCUUCAGAUCCUUGGUGCUGAUAUCUCUGCAUGCCUGUGAUCUCUUCUUCUCCAGACAGAACAAAAGAGGAGGCUGGAAGAAGGCUAGGGUUUGAAAGGUGAGGAAGAAGCUGCGAAGAACAGUGAGAGCUACCAGCUCUCUCCGUCUGCCCACCAUUUUUGGAGGCAGUAAUUCCAUGGCGGCUGUACUUUUUUCCCCCCUGAGAAGAACAGCAACCUAAAUUGAGACAUAAAAAAUAUAUUUUUUUCAGAUCUUAA